AUGUGCGACUUCACCAAAAACUAUUACAUCUACACUUCUUGCACAGAUCCUGGGACGCAUUUCUGCAAAACUUCUAUAGAUGGAAGUCGCGAACAUGCCUGUCCUAAGGGUCCUCACGAACGCUAUAUCGUUCUCCCGGAAAGCUGCCCAUUGUGUUGUGGUUGA